UGGAGGCUGUUAUGGUCUAGACCAGGAUACAUAGAAAGCAAAAACUGCGAGUUUCAGAGCCCUGUUAUGACAACAUUUCCAGCCGGUCCAGGUGGAGGCAGGAGGUGUGAGUAGAGUGCAGUAGACAUCGGCAGCAUGUACUCCGAGUGGCGCUCACUGCAGUUGGUGGUGCAGAGCGACCAGGGCCACCUCAGUGUUCUGCACACUUAUCCCACCACCGUGGGCACGGAGGUGGCAAAUGCCGUGGUCAAGCCUCUGGGCACAGCUGUGAGCCCUGUCGCCACAGAGAACAUCCUCAAGACAGAUAAGGAGGUGAAGUGGACCAUGGAGGUGCUGUGUUAUGGCCUCACUCUCCCCCUUGAAGGGGACACUGUCAAGCUGUGUGUAGAUGUGUACACAGACUGGAUGAUGGCCCUGGUGUCACCCAGGGACUCGAUGCCUCAGCCUGUGGUCAAGGAGCCCAAUAUGUACGUCCAGACCAUCCUCAAACAUCUUUACAACGUCUUUGUACCCAGGCCUGAGCAGCACAGUCUGAACCAUAUCAGGCUUUGCCAGCAGGUUCUGACUGCAGUCCAAAAACUGGCAAGAGAGUCUGUUUCCAUGGUUAGGGAAACCUGGGAGGUGCUGCUGCUCUUCCUGCUUCGCAUCAACGACACAUUGCUUGCCCCACCCACUGUCGGAGUUGGAGUGGCAGAGAAACUGGCAGAGAAAUUGAUGGCAGUGCUAUUUGAGGUGUGGCUGCUUGCUUGCGCCCGCUGUUUUCCCACGCCGCCGUACUGGAAGACAGCGAGGGAGAUGCUGGCAAACUGGAGACACCACCCGCCUGUUGUAGAGCAGUGGAGCAGAGUGGCCUGUGCCCUGACCUCCAGACUUUUGCGUUUUACCCACGGACCGUCCUUCCCACCUUUUAAAGUUCCUGAUGAGGACGCCAACCUGAUUCCUUUAGAGAUGGACAGUGACUGCGUGGCACAGACGUGGUACCGCUUUCUCCACAUGCUCAGUAACCCAGUGGACCUGAGCAACCCUGCGAUAGUGAGCACCACUCCAAAGUUUCAGGAGCAGUUUCUUAACUCCAGCGGUAUCCCUCAUGAAGUGGUGCUGCAUCCGUGUUUGAAACAGCUGCCCCAGAUCUUCUUCAGGGCCAUGAGGGGUGUCAGCUGCCUAGUGGACGCCUUCUUGGGUAUAUCACGUCCCAGAGCUGACAGUGCCCCGCCCACCCCAGUCAACAGAUUGAGCAUGUCUCCGCCCCCCUCCAUCACCAACACCACGCCCCCUCACAGCCGCAAGCAGCGGCAUACAGUGGUCACCAAAACCACAAGCAAGAGUUCGACUGGCAGUGGAAGUCAACCAACCAAAGCAUCCCAGCAGCAACAGCAGCAGCAGCAAACUUCGUCCUCCCCGACCCUGCUUUCCAGCCCCAACCAGAGCAGCUGGGAGUCUCGGCCUCUGCCGGCCCCGGCACGGCCAAAGGUCAACAGCAUCCUUAACCUGUUCGGCCAGUGGCUUUUCGACGCUGCUCUGGUGCACUGUAAGCUCCACAGCGGCCUCAGCCGAGACCCGAGCAUGACCGCGAUAGCCACUCAAGUAGGUCUGGAGCUGAGGAGGAAGGGUUCUCAAAUGUCCACCGACUCCAUGGUGUCGAACCCCAUGUUUGACGCCAACGAGUUCCCAGAGAGCUACGAGGCAGGACGAGCGGAGGCCUGCGGGACUCUCUGCCGCAUCUUCUGUAGCAAGAAAACAGGAGAAGAUAUUCUGCCUGUUUACCUGUCCAGGUUUUACAUGGUCCUGAUUCAGGGUCUCCAGAUCUCCGAUUUCAUCUGUAGACCAGUUCUGGCUUCCAUCAUUCUCAACUCCUCCUCUCUCUUCUGUACUGACCUGAAGGGCAUCAAUGUGGUGGUGCCCUACUUCAUAGCUGCCCUGGAGACUAUUGUACCAGACAGGGAGCUGUCCAAAUUCAAGAUGUAUGUAAACCCUACCGACCUGAGGAGAGCCUCCAUCAACAUCCUGCUGGCCAUGUUGCCACUGCCGCAUCACUUUGGCAACAUCAAAUCAGAGGUUCUGUUGGAGGGAAAGUUCAAUGAGGAGGAUGGGUGGCCUCAUGACCAGCCCGUUUCCUUCCUGUCCCUGAGGCUACGUCUUGUCAAUGUCCUGAUAGGAGCGCUGCAGACUGAGACCGACCCCACUAACACACAGCUCAUCCUGGGUGCAAUGCUCAAUAUUGUUCAAGACUCAGCACUGUUGGAGUCCAUAGGUGCACAGACCGAAACAGGAAGUAUAGACGGGAGUCACAUGACAGUGAGGAGUCACAGCCGCACCAACAGUGGCAUUAGUUUCACCAGUGGAGGCAGCACAGAGGCUACCAGCCCAGACUCUGAGCGUCCGGCCCAGGCCCUGCUCCGAGACUACGAUACGGCGGCAGGCCUGCUGGUGCGCAGCAUCCACCUGGUCACCCAGAGGCUCAACUCUCAGUGGAGGCAAGACAUGAGCAUUUCCCUGGCUGCCCUGGAGCUGCUGGCUGGGCUUGCCAAGGUAAAGGUGGGAGUAGACUCUGCAGACCGUAAACGUGCUGUCAGCUCUAUAUGUGGGUACAUUGUGUACCAGUGUAGCCGUCCAGCUCCUCUUCAAUCCCGAGACCUCCACUCCAUGAUUGUAGCUGCCUUUCAGUUUCUGUGUGUGUGGCUCACAGAACACCCUGACAUGCUGGAUGAGAAGGAUUGUUUGGUAGAGGUGUUGGAGAUUGUGGAGCUGGGGAUCUCUGGUAGCAAGUCUCGACAGGAACAGGAAGUUCGACAUAAAGGAGAGAAGGAGCACAACCCAGCUUCGAUGAGGGUAAAGGACGCUGCUGAGGCGACUUUGUCCUGUAUCAUGCAGGUGCUGGGGGCCUUCCCUUCUCCCAGCGGGCCCGCCUCCACCUGCAGCCUACUGAAUGAAGACACCCUGAUCCGCUACGCCAGACUCAGUGCCACAGGGGCCAGCAACUUCCGCUACUUUGUCCUGGACAACUCGGUCAUCCUCGCCAUGCUGGAGCAGCCUCUCGGCAAUGAGCAGAUAAAUGUCUCUGUCCUCACAGACCCCAGUCCAUCAGUGACAGUUUUGAUCCGAGGCACAGCCGGCAGACAUGCCUGGACCAUGCAGCUCUUCCACCAACCCAGAGGAGCUCGGGCCAAUCAGAGGCAGGUGUUUGUUCCCGAGGGCCGUCCGAUGCCCAACAAUGACGUGGGGAUCAAAUACAACGUCAAGCAGAGGCCCUUCCCUGAAGAAGUGGAUAAGAUUCCCCUUGUCAAAGCUGAUGUUAGUAUUCCUGACCUGGAUGACAUUGUCAGUAGAGAGGUGUGUUGUUUGGGCUGGCAGGAUGAUUCAAGAGCUACAAAUACACUGAGUAAUCCCCCACACCUGGAAGUUCAGCACGACAAGCUUCGCAUUCUGAUGCACAAGCAGAUAGAGUAUGAGAACGCCUUGGAGCGGCACAGUGAGGAAAUCUGGAAGUCCAAACCUUUCCCCGACCCACAGAUAGACUGUAAACCCCCCCCACCCUCACAGGAGUUCCAGACGGCACGCCUCUUCCUCUCCCACUUUGGCUUUCUGUCUCUGGAGGCACUCAAGGAACCCAACAACAGUCGUCUACCUCCUCAUCUGAUUGGCCUGGAGUCAUCCUUGCCAGGGUUUUUUGAUGACAUCAGCUACCUGGACCUGCUUCCCUGUCGGCCAUUUGACACUGUCUUUAUUUUCUAUGUGAGAGCUGGACAGAAAAGCAGCCAUGAGAUCCUGAGGAAUGUGGAGUCAUCAUCCAGUGUCCAGCCCCACUUCUUGGAGUUCCUACUGUCCUUGGGCUGGCCUGUGGACGUGGGACGCCACCCAGGAUGGACGGGACACCUAGAUACCAGCUGGUCCCUCAACUCCUGCUCUGACAGCAAUGACAUACAACAAACAGAGGAAGCAACUACUCCUGAGGACACAGGAGGUUCUGUGUUCAAUGGGGAGAAGAAAGUUUUGUACUACGCUGAUGCUCUGACAGAGAUUGCCUUCGUUGUUCCAUCUCUAACAGAAAAUUCUGAGGAGUCAUCAGUGCACAGUGACUCCACAGUGGAGGCAGACACCAACACAGACGUCAUGCCUGGUUUACACAAACAACCCAAUCUCACACUGGAGCUGUUCCCCAACCAUUCUGAAAACCUGGAGUCUGCCAAGAAGCUGAGUCCUUUGGUGAAGACAAAGAGGUCAUCGACUGGAAAGUCUUUCCCACCACUGGGUCCUGAAACAAAGGUGUUUGUGGUCUGGGUGGAGCGCUUUGAUGAUAUUGAGAACUUCCCGUUGACUGAUCUGUUGGCGGAAACCAGCACGGGCUUGGAAGCUAGCAUGAGCAACAGCACUUCCUGCAGGUCGGGGUUACUAGAGAAGGACGUUCCUCUGAUCUUCAUCCACCCUCUGAAGACGGGACUCUUCAGGAUCCGGCUGCAUGGAGCUGUGGGCAAAUUUGGCAUGGUGAUUCCCCUGGUGGACGGCAUGGUGGUCAGCCGCAGAGCUCUAGGGUUCCUUGUGCGUCAAACAGUCAUCAACGUGUGCCGACGGAAGCGUCUGGAAAGUGACUUGUACAACCCGCCUCACGUGAGGCGGAAGCAGAAAAUAACGGAGAUUGUCCAGCGUUACCGCAACAAGCAACUGGAGCCCGAGUUUUACACCUCGCUCUUCCAUGAGGUGGGGGAGGGAAAGCCUCACCUCUAAUACCCCUGUCCUGUCCUAACACUGGUUCACAAGCGCACACACACACACACACACACACACAACACACUCUUUUUAUCUAUACUCACACACCAUUUACAUGUGUGCGUGCAUACAUACACACACACACACACACACACACACACGCAGAAUCUUUAUAUUUAUACUGUACUAUUUUGUUAUUUAUAUGAAUACAUAUAUCAACACUGUCUGCCUUUGACUCUGAGAGCAAAGUGUCAAAAACCAUGCCAAGGUGGGAAAAGCUACAUUUCUAUGUCGCAGCCACUCACUGAACAUUUGAAUGGCUGAAGUUCAACAGUGUCUCUGCUCAUUUAGGUUCAUGCUUUGUGGCAAAAGAGUUUCAGCUUGUCUUUAACUGCAAUACAAUAGGUACACUGUUGGCCUUUCUGAACUUGUAAAAAAAACAACAAAAAAAAGAAAGUUCUUUAAACCCUGUGACAUGAGUGAAUUUCACGAUGGUUUGGUAGUACACAGCUGUGUCCAGAAUCCAGAUCUGUUUUUGUUUUAAUCAAACAGAUUUAUGGGUUGGAUUUUUGCCAAGGAGAUGAACAUCUAAGCGUCAUAAAAUGUUUUGUAAUAAACAUCACUGCUGCAUCAAGGCAGGUGGCUUCAAUAGAACAAAGAAAUGAUGGACAGCAUUGACACGUAAUCUAAUUUUACAACAAAUUGUCAUCCACAUUCAGACAACUGCUAAAGUCUUCCUAGUGCAAACACACAUUUGGCCAUCCAGCAGCUGACUGAGCACGCAAAUGCUGCCGUUUAUAGUUUGGUUUGUUUUGUUUUUUUUCCAGAUGAUUUCUAGGACUCCUACGUUGUAUUACUGUAUGCAGAUGCCAUUUUCUUGGCACCUGCACUGUCUCUGUGCCAGUCUGAAAGUCCUCCCAUCUCACAACAGCCACUGCACUGUUUGUGUGCGUGUGUGUGUGCGUGUGUGUGUGUGUGUGUGUGUGUGUGUAUGUACACGGCCACAUGUAUGCUUAUUCAACCAGUCAAAACCAUUGACACUACAGGGAGUCACAGUGACGCCCUAAAACCCCCAUAGGUGGCAUUUAAAGAUGAAUUUUGUCACUUUAA